CACACACACACUCACCCCCCCCCCCCCUCUCCAGGGUGAUCCAGAGCUAUAACCCCAGCUUCCCGGUGGGCUGCCAUGUGGUCAGUGAUUGUGGAUGGAGGAGUCACUGGGUGUGUGAUGGGGCAGAGCUGACCCCUGUGCUUCCCGACUGGCCCCAGGACAUCCCCCUCUCCCUGGCCCUGGGGGCCAUCGGCAUGCCUGGUCUGACAGCUCUGUAUGGACUAGAGGAAGUGUGUGAGAUAAAGAAGGGGGAGACUCUUCUGGUGAACGCUGCAGCAGGAGCCGUGGGCUCAGUGGUGGGACAGAUCGCCAAGAUCAAGGGCUGCAGAGUGGUGGGCUGUGCGGGGACAGAUACCAAGGUGUCCUAUCUAAAGGAGCUGGGUUUUGACCAGGUCUUCAACUACAAGACUGCCACCUCCCUGGAGGAAUCACUCAGGGAGGCCGCGCCACACGGAUACGACUGCUACUUUGAGAACGUGAGGUCGCUGCACCACUCGCACACACGCACUCUUUGUGUGUGUGUGGACAUGCGUGUGUGUGGACAUGCGUGUGUGUGGACGUGUGUGUGUGUGUGUGUGUAUCAAAGCUCAAUCUCUCUCUCCGUCCAGGUUGGUGGGAAGUUCUCCAGUGUAGUGAUGCCUCAGAUGAGAGAGUAUGGCAGAAUAGCUGUGUGUGGAAGCAUCUCCAUGUACAACGACACCACACCACAGACAACAGGACUACUGUCCACACCAUGA